AUGGGUAGCAAUUUACAUCAGCUACUCAGAAGUCUUUGUUUCAAUACUCAUUGGAAUUAUGCUAUAUUUUGGAAACUCAAACAUUGUCCUCCAAAUCCAAUGAUCUUAACAUUGGAGGAUGCUUACUAUGAUAAUUCGGAUUAUUUUGACUCUUCAGAAAAUAAGUACUGUCAAAAGGCCUUGGAACAGAUUAAGGGUGGGAAGUUUUCUGAUGAAGCUUUGGGGUUAGCUGUGGCAAAGAUGUCUUAUAAUGUAUACACAUUAGGGGAAGGUGUUGUUGGACAGGUAGCUGUUACUGGAAAAGAUCGGUGGAUUUGUGCAGAUGAUCAAGUUACAAGUUUGGGUUUGUCUUUUGAGUUUGAUGAUUUGUGGCAAACUCAGUUUUCUGCUGGAAUUAGGACAAUUGUUGUUGUGUCUGUAGUCCCACUUGGCGUUGUUCAGCUUGGUUCUCUAAUAAAAGUGAAUGAAGAUAUGGGGGUUAUUAAUCAUAUAAGAAAUCUAUUUUUGUCUACUCAAGAUUACUCAAUAGACCACAUUCCGAGCCAAAUACAACGUAGUUUGAAAAGCUCUUCAUCUCAGCAGGGUAUCUUGAAGGAAAAAUCAUCGUCAGAUAUUAUGCCUGCUUGCAUGACGAAUGAAACAGUGGAUGUUUUGAUGCCCCUUCAAUGUUCUGGGAGCAACAGUGCUACUAAUUCUGCAUAUUGGGAAACGGGUGAUGAUGUGGUCAAGCUCGAAGGACCCGAGCUCAAUAGUGUUUUGAGCCCCAUUUUGCUUCGGUCAACGUUUGAUAUGAUUAAUGUAGAGCAUCAGGAAUUUGGAGAGAUAGGACCUCUAAGUGCGAGGGAGUGUGCAGGGGGCAGUGAUGGCUGCAAAAUUAUGAGAUUGGAAUCGGAACAAAAUCUAUUAUCAUUUUUGAACAAUUCUGUUAUAAAUAAUGACGGCGUCAGUGAUUUGAUACACCAUUCUGAAAAGGCCAGAGUUGAUUCUGCAUGCUUUCCUACAGAUUUUCUUGACACAUAUGUUUCUGAAAGUGACAAGUCCGGUAAACACAGCAAAAAGUCAGAAUUUUGGACUGUGCCUUGUGGCCAGGAUACCUCCUAUACAGAGUUGAGUUUUCCGGCUGGCUGUGAACUACACGAAGCACUUGGACCAGCAUCUUUGAAAGGGAGUAAAUAUUUUGAUUCGCUGGCACAGGUUAAUCAAGAUGUGAAAGUUAUGGAUAUGCCAGACACAGUUAACACUAGUCAAUCGACUCCGGAGCAUCUUUUGGAAGCAAUGGUGGCCAACAUUUGUCACAGUAGUAAUAAUGAUGUUAAUAGUGAAUCAUCAUUUUAUAGAUCAAAGCAAUCUGCAAUAAGUUCUGGCAAAAAACCUGAAGUUUCUAUUCAAAAUGUGCAUACUACUGUUAAUCCAGAAAGCUAUUCAAUAGAUCAUCCUUGUCUUUUCAGAGAGGAAAAACACCAUUGUUUGAGCUCAUCGUCAGGGGUAUGCGGUGUUAUGUCAUCUCAAGGCAUUUCUUCUAUAUGUCCUAGUGCUUGUAGUGAACAACUCGAAAGGUCAUCUGAACCAUCUAAAAACAUCAAAAAGAGGGCUAGACCUGGAGAAAGUUGCAGACCUCGGCCAAGAGACAGGCAACUGAUCCAAGAUCGAAUUAAGGAGCUGAGAGAUUUGGUUCCAAAUGGUGCAAAGUGCAGUAUUGAUUCUCUACUGGAGCGCUCAAUAAAGCACAUGCUCUUUCUGCAAAGCAUAACUAAGCAUGCUGACAAGCUAACGAAGUUCGCUAAUUCUAAAUCAAAGAUGCAUCAUUUGGAAGCAAACAUUCUUGGAUCCUCUAGUAAUGAGCAGGGUUCAAGUUGGGCAAUGGAGGUAGGGGGUCAUCUAAAAGUUCAUUCAAUAUUAGUGGAAAAUCUUAGCAAGAACGGACAGAUGCUUGUUGAGAUGCUAUGUGAAGAGUGGAGCUAUUUUCUUGAAAUAACGGAAGCCAUAAGAAGCUUAGGCCUUACAAUUUUGAAGGGUGCAACAAAAACUCGCGAUGACAAGAUGUUAAUAUGCUUUAUUGUUGAGGUUGAAAACAACAAAAAUGUACACCGAUUGGACAUCUUGUGGCCGCUUGUUCAGAUAUUGCAAUCAAAGAGCACUGUACAGCAACAGUAA